AUGUCCGACCCGAGCACCGUCGCCGUCGCUUCAUCAGCCGGCAAGGCAACAGGCUUGCCAGUACGACUGCAAUGCAAGUUCUACCUCCAGCACAAGCGAAGGCACUGUGGCAUGACUCGGAAAGCGGGUCUCGACUAUUGUUCGGAGCACUUGAACACCUUGAGGCAGCAGGAUCCGAAUCUGGCGGCCGUCAAGGGCCGCCGGAUCGCAUGCCCUAUCGACCCCAGACACUCGGUAUGGGAAAAAGACGUCACCCGUCAUCUGCGCAGAUGUAACACCGCCAAGAAGAACCGGCCGCCCGUGGACUGUCCCUGGGUCAAGUUGGACUACAACUGGAAACCUCUGCCUGCUUCCGAGACCCACGAGCCGCACCACGCCGCCGACGACGCAUCGAUCCUGCGAUCCAUCCCGAUCUUGAAGCGGUGUUACGCACAAAACUUUGCUGCUUCGCCAAUCUCGCUCGAAGUCAAGCGCAACGCUACCGUGGAAUCGCACCGGUUUCCCCAGCUGCUGGGCUCCAAAAAGCAUGCUCUGCAGCAAUCGUCUCUGAUUCAGUAUUUGCUGGACAACAAAAUGGCGCCGCAAAGCGACAGCGACGACAUCACCUACAUCGAGUUCGGUUGUGGGCGGGCCGAAUUUUCCCGCUACCUCAACCGCAGCGUUUUCGACUACAGAGGUAUUGCCGCUACUGCAAAUGGCGCCCACCGUGUACCCCGCCAGCCGCGUUUCCUUCUGGUUGAUCGUGCUUCCAAUAGAAUGAAGUUCGACUCCAAAUUCAGAGAAGAUCUGGACGAGCUUUACGGCGACAGCGUCCCCGCAGACCAACGAACAUAUGCCACUCUGGACCGCAAGAAGAUCGAUAUCAAGGACCUGUAUAUCGACCAGCUGCUGCAAGAUUCCGACCCCAGGUGUGUGGCGAUCUCUAAGCACCUCUGUGGGGUGGCCACCGACCUCACCAUCCAUUGCUGUCUCAACAGUGAUGUGCUUCACACACAAAAAAAGAAGCUCCACGGGAUGGUAAUUGCCAUGUGUUGCAGACACGUCUGUGAUGCUCACCAGUAUGUGAAUCGGCCCUUCAUCGAAUCCCUGAUCGAGGGUUCUGAGAUGUCGUACGUGGAGUUCUUCAACUCGCUCAAGAAAAUUGCGUCCUGGGCCGUAUGUGGCAGGAGAGAGGGCAUAAACGACCGCGACAUCAACCAUCAUUUCACAAACUUGCCCGUUAUUGAACGCGAAGAGCUCGGCCAAAGAGCCAGGCGAAUCAUAGAUGAAGGUCGCGCUGAAUUUCUGCGCAGUAAUGGCUAUAAAGUCUCUUUGGUGAAGUAUAUAGAGUCCUCGGUCUCACUAGAAAAUGUAGCCAUGGUGGUUACCAGGAUAUAG